GGGUCGGGUCAGACACGCCGGGCUAGACCGGGACAGUGAAGCUGAGACUAUUUUGAAGGAAUCAGAUAUUCCUCCCGCCCCGUUUCAGGGCCAGCUCCGUGAACCCGGCCGAGGAUCGUGCCCGAGUGAACCCGGGCCCGACUCCCGGUGCAGGCACCCCGGCUCCUCGCCGCUGCGGGCACACGGGUUUUCCCCGGGGAAAGUCUCCUGCAAAUCCCGCGAUCGCGCCCCCGGGAUCCAUGCAGCAGCCCUCCCGCAAGCCCCGCGCCGCGGGCACCUGCAGGCGGGCCGGCUGGGGAGUGGGGCUCUUGGAGCAACUCCUGCCCUGUGUUUGCUCGCUCGCAGGGAGAGCGGUGAACCCCAAGUCGGUGUGCGAGGGCUGCCAGAGGGUCAUCUCGGACCGGUUCCUGCUGAGGCUCAAUGACAGCCUGUGGCACGAGCAAUGCGUGCAGUGCGCCUCGUGCAAGGAGCCGCUGGAGACCACCUGCUUCUACCGGGACAAGAAACUCUACUGCAAGCUCGACUACGAGAAGCUCUUUGCUGUGAAGUGCGGAGGGUGCUUCGAAACCAUCGCCCCCAGCGAAUUCGUCAUGCGAGCCCAGAAGAGCGUGUAUCACCUGAACUGCUUCUGCUGCUGCGUUUGUGAACGGCAGCUGCAGAAGGGUGAUGAGUUUGUCCUGAAGGAAGGUCAGCUGCUGUGUAAGAGUGACUAUGAGAAGGAGCGGGAGCUGCUCAGCCUGGUGAGCCCGGCUUUGUCGGAUUCCGGUAAAAGUGAUGAUGAAGACAGCUUAUGCAAAAUGGGACAAACCCCUGGGAAAGGAGAGGACAGUAAGGAUCACAAGAGGCCCAAGAGACCCCGGACCAUCUUGACAACGCAGCAGCGGAGGGCGUUCAAAGCAUCUUUUGAGGUUUCCUCCAAGCCAUGUAGAAAGGUCAGAGAAACUUUGGCAGCAGAGACUGGGCUGAGUGUGAGAGUCGUGCAGGUCUGGUUCCAGAAUCAAAGAGCAAAGAUGAAGAAACUUGCAAGGAGACAACAGCAGCAACAGCAAGAUCAACAAAACACACAGCGGCUGAGUUCAGCUCAGACAAACAGCGGCGGGAGUGCUAACCUCGAAGGGAUCAUGAACCCAUACACCACUUUGCCCCCACCACAACAGAUGCUGAGUAUUGAGCAGAGUGUCUACAACUCGGAUCCCUUUCGGCAAGGGCUAACCCCACCUCAGAUGCCAGGAGAUCACAUGCAUCCCUAUGGUGCUGAGCCCCUUUUCCAUGACCUGGAUAGCGAGGAUACCUCACUUAGCAAUCUGGGAGACUGUUUCCUAGCAACAUCAGAAGCUGGACCCCUGCAGUCAAGAGUGGGAAACCCUAUUGAUCAUCUGUACUCAAUGCAGAACUCCUAUUUCACUUCUUGAGCUUUGUCUGUGUCCACUGGGCAGGCAGCCGCCAUGCUCAUUACACUGUAGAUUAAAUUCACUUGAGGUAUGAUGGGCAACGAGGUUGUUUUGCUGGAAUGCUGUCAAACAAUAUUUGUAGCUCAGUAUUUCCAAAGACUGAAUAAGUUAUGGAUCAUAUAAUUUAGGGUUUCUGUUAGAAUCAUAGUAUUAGAUUCAAAAUGUUUAAUGCAGCUGGUCCACCUUUUUCAAACUCCAAAAUUUUAACAACAUUUUCAAUUUCAAUAGAAGCAG